AUGGAAAAGCCUAUCAAAAGACUUAGAUGUUGCUACACCGCAGACCUUAAAGACUCAAAACAGGUGGAACAACUCAGGCAAGAGACAGUCAGUGGACUCAAGAGAAUCAAUGACUGCAAAUAUCCGUCACGAAUGCCAAAUUCUGGAUACAGGAUGGUAAAGGGAGCUUUAAAAGCUGAAGGUCACAAGGUACAAUAUGAGCGAGUGAGGGCAUCGCUGCAUCGAGUAGACACACUAGGAGUUUUAUCCAGGAUGACAGAGCUGGGUUGUGUUGUCCGGAGGAGGUAUUCAGUCCCAGGGCCCAGAUCUAUGAUGCACAUAGACACCAAUCACAAAUUGAUAAGGUAUAACAUUGUCUUGUUUGGAGGGGUGGAUGGCUUUUCACGUAAGAUAAUGUACCUUGGCUACCUUGGCCCCAAUUCAGCAUUGACUGCGCUGACCUUCUUCCAAGAGUCUGUGGAAAGAUAUGGCUUCCCUGGCUUCCCAGUUCAAGGAGACCAUGGAGUCGAGAACAUGGACAUUGCACGUUUAAUGUUCACAGUUCGUGGCACAGGGAGAAGCAGUUUCAUUUCAGGAAAAAGUGUCCACAAUCAAAGAAUAGAACGACUGUGGAGAGAUGUGUGGACUGCCGUGACCAGUGUGUACUAUGAUGUACUACACUAUCUUGAGGAAGCCAACUACCUUCAUACUGCAGACCAAACACAUCUCUUCUGUUGCCACUACACAUUCCUACCAAGGCUACAAGAUGAUCUAAAUCUUUUCCGAGAUGGGUGGGAUAAUCACCCUUUGAGAACAGAACACAACAUGUCUCCAAACCAGCUCUGGGAAUUGGGUCAAAUUCAUUAUCCAGUUGAUGAUCCCCAAGAUGAAGAGGAACUGAACAUUGCUGAUAUUGAUUGGGAAAGCAGUGGAUUGCCUCCUGAUGAAAGUGUUGGUGUCAAUGUUCCUGAAUCUGAUGUUCCGAAUUUCUUCUUCAUCUUGAAAACUUGA